AUGCGAUUUCGUUUUUUCGUAGCGUGCAUGUUCUUCUGGUCGGUUGUUUCUUUGUGCAUGCUCCUGUGGUGUGCAUCUGUCAGUCCAACACCCACAGGUGCAAGCAGUCGUGAUGAUGUUAGUGCUGUCACUCUCAAUGAACCGACCACAUUUUGUACAUUUAUCACUUACAACAAUAAUACACCGUCAUCAUUGGAUAUCAACGACAAUGAAGUGGAAGAGUGUAUCCGGGAAAUACGAAAGGCAGAUUGGAAAGAGGUACAUAUAGUAUCCGAUGAUACGAACAGUGGCAUGAAGCAAUUCUUUUAUAUUUUCGAAGAACCGUUCGGCCCAAAGAAUACCACCUGCUUCAGCAAGAAUACAACAGGUGAAAUAUACAAUAUAACGAUAGCGUGUGUGAAUUUCACUGAACCAUCAGCCGCCUUCAAUGACACGACAGAAUAUCAUAACUGGAACAUUAGUUCUACGGCCUCAUAUCCGAACUAUACAUCCACGAUAAUGGUUGUCGCUUUCUAUACAUCUGAUGUGAUACAGUCUCGUUUAAUAAAUGAAGUUGCUUCAGAAACCUUUGCCGGAAAAGUGGAUUCGGAUAGUCCGCGUUGGACUGGCUAG